CGGUUCUUUAAAUUUUAGCGGAGAGAUUACAAUCGAGACAAUCUCAAUACCAAAAAAAAGAGAAAAAUAAAAAUUCCAUUUUUAUAUAUAUAUAUAUCUCUGUUUCUGGUUCAAUCCUCCGGCUCGAGAAUGAGGAAGGAAGGCAAUGACGGGGCGGUGAGGCAACGGAGGAAGAGGACGAUGGGAGGUGGGGAGCGCUGUGUCUCUUGUACGACCUUCAAUAUCCUUGCGCCGAUCUAUAAAAGGCUUGAUACUGAGGAUCAGAGCCUCAGGGAGAGUGAACACCGGGCGUAUUGGCUUAGUAGGAAUGAGAGCAUCAUUGAUAGGUUGCUCUGUGAUCGAUCUUCUAUUAUUUGUCUUCAGGAGGUCUGGUUGGGGAAUGAAGAACUCGUUGAUAUGUAUGAGAAAAGGUUGGGGGAUGCUGGGUACGUUAGCUUCAAACUCGCUCGCACGAACAAUCGUGGAGAUGGUCUACUGACUGCAGUGCAUAAGGACUACUUUAGUGUUCUAAAAUAUCGUGAUCUGCUUUUUCAUGAUUUUGGAGAUAGAGUUGCGCAGCUGCUGCAUGUUGAAUUAGUUGUUUCCUCUCGGCAAAGUCGAAAGAACAACAUUCAUCAACAAAUUCUCAUAGUUAAUACACACCUUCUAUUUCCGCAUGAUUGCAGCUAUUGUAUUGUCCGACUGCGGCAGGUGUACAAGAUUCUUCAGUAUGUAGAAGCAUAUCAGCAAGAGCACAAUCUUACACCCAUGCCAAUCAUGCUCUGUGGCGAUUGGAAUGGUAGUAAACGUGGACAUGUGUACAAGUUCUUGAGGUCGCAAGGUUUUGUAUCGUCAUAUGAUACUGCACAUUGCUAUACCGACAGUGAUGCUGAUGCACAUAGGUGGGUUAGCCAUCGGAAUCACCGUGGCAACAUCUGUGGGGUUGAUUUUAUCUGGCUUCUCAAUCCUAAUAAGCAUCGGAAGCCCUUGGAAACUACUUGGAAUGAAGCCGUGUUUGGGAUCAUCAAGUAUCUUCUGUGCCAAGCUUCUCUUACAGGUGAUAAUGCAUUUGCAAUGCUUAAAACGGACAGCCCUGGUGAUUACAUUACCUACCAAAGUUUUUGCCAAGCACUCUGCCAGUUUGGCUUAACCAGCCAGCUAACUGGUCUUACUGCACAAGAGAUAAAAUCUUUGUGGAUCCAAGCGGAUAUCGAUGGAAAUGGUGUUGUUGACCAUGAAGAAUUUCAGCAGCGGAUAUGGAGUUCAGUGGGCGUAGAGCAACCUGAGCAAAAUCCUGAAGAAAGUAACCUAGUGAACUUAGGUAAGGGCAUCGAGGGUCUGGUGUUUGGUUUCAAUGUGAAAGAUGCUGUUCUCUUCCCACCAGAAGUCGAGAAAGGAAUGUGGCCGGAGAACUACUCUCUUUCCGAUCACGCUCCGCUUACUGUGGUGUUUUCCCCGGUGAAGAUGCCUUGUUCUCAACCUAUUUGCUGAACAUCGAACAAGUACGAGAUGCAGAAUUUUCUUUGAUGUUGUAGUUUUUGUGUUGUUGUUGACAAAGUUGUAUAGUUGGAGGUAGUUGGUCGAUACGAUCAAAUACUGAUAGCUCAAGAAAUAGAUAUCAAUGUAAGGAAGUAGAAAUUAAGAAGAAGAUAGCAUGUAUUGUUGUAGACAGGAAAACUAUCUUAUAAUCUUCCAAGUAACAGAAAUACCUGUUAAGAAUGCUCUUAUGUCUCUGUGAAUGCUGUUGUCUUUGGAAUUA